AUGCCUGCGAGGUUCAAGGACGUCUUGUCCAUGCUGGCCGAUACAGGCGUACUGCCAGUGUGCAUCGAGCGAUCCAUGGUGGGGAACAAUCAGGGACCGCUAAGGGUCACCGACAUGCAGGCUUGUGUAGCCGAGGUGUUUGAAGCACAUAGGGAGAGACGCUGGGAUUGGAAGUGUCCGCUGCGCGUGACUAUCGAGGGCGACUCCGAGCAGAGGCGGCCGUCGCUGAGCCACUUCGCAGCAUUCGUCUCCUUGCUCGGCAUCAAAUGGUCAGAUGUACAGUCUCUGAGCAUUGAGUGCGGUAGCUGGCACCACACGGACUUCCACCCAGACGUCUUCACUCAUCUCUCUGUUGCACCCAACAAUCGGCACCUAGCGCUGGACGACAUCACGCUCCCUUCCGCUGUUGUCUUCAGCAAUCUGAUCACGUCAUUGACCCACAACUUUGAAGGCCUCCGUCACUACCUCAGCCUGUGUCGCAUCCGGUUGACAGCCCUGCUAGACCUGCCCAUCUCUUGGCGCGAAGGGAGAAGAUACCCAGGACCAUAUAUCUCUUGGCGCCAUCAUACGCCUCGUACUCGCUGCCAAGGUCGGAAACCUGCCUUGGGUGCCGCGGGUGACUCUGUCCUGGGGGUCCUACUGGAUUCACGAGCCUCCAUCGAGGGCCGCUAUCGGUCGGUCGUGGAACAUGGCUCUGGCUGCGAUGCUUGUGUGCUACGUGUGACUCAGCCAAGCGGCAACAAGGGAGGCGCAAGCAUCACCGAGGAAAUGUUGAAGCAACUCCUGCCGAUCUGUAGAAGGAUCGAUCGACUGCUCUCUCGUAUCCUCGUCCUCUUUCACGUCGACGUUGGCGUGUUCCUCUGCCCCUGCACGAGUCUGGACCUGUCAAUCUGGUACGGAGCUACGGGCGACUGGUUUCCUGGAGUUCAGCAUAGGGGGGUCUCUAUAGACCGUGAUCCCUCGUGGGUAGCGUUCAAUGGAGAGAAAAUUAAUCUGCGUUUCCAGCUCACAAUCCUUUUCUAG